GACUUCUGCUUCACCCACCCUGCUUUGUCGCCUCUUUCCAACCACCACCCAUUCCAUAACUACGCCAGUUUCAUAUUAAUACAGACAGAUUUGGGAAACAGACACAAUGGCUACAACGCAAAUCCCAAAUGUUUACAACGGUCCGUGUAGCUCCAACUCCCCCUUCUCUGAAUAUCUUUAGAUUUCUCGACGUCGCCUCCUGAUAUCUGCUAGAUCCGGUCCGCAUAGCUGUAAUCGGUGGCACUGGCCUGCAAUCACUCCCCAAUUUCACCCACGUCGCUACCCUCACCGUCCCCACGCCAUGGGGCAUGCCCUCAGCUCCGAUCACCAUCCUCCAUCACCCGUCCCCAACCACCGGUGCCCCUAUCCCAAUCGCCUUUCUCUCGCGCCACGGCACGCACCACGAAUAUGCGCCCCACGAAGUCCCCGCUCGCGCUAACAUCGCGGCCCUGCGUAGCAUCGGCGUACGCACCGUCAUUGCAUUCAGUGCUGUCGGCUCGCUGCAAGAGGAAGUCAAGCCCCGGGAUUUCGUUUUGCCAGACCAGAUUAUUGAUCGCACCAAAGGUAUUCGCCCAUUUACAUUCUUUGAAGGCGGAGUUGUGGGCCAUGUUGGAUUUGGAGACCCUUUCGACGCAGGCCUGGCAAAGAUUAUAAGUAAAUGCGGACACAGUCUCGAGGGCGAGGGCGUGGUGCUCCAUGACAAAGCUGUGCUGGUCUGCAUGGAAGGUCCGCAAUUCAGCACGCGUGCCGAGAGCAAUCUAUACCGAACCUGGGGCGGAAGUGUAAUCAACAUGAGUGCGUUGCCAGAAGCUAAGUUGGCGCGCGAAGCCGAGAUGGGGUAUCAAAUGAUCUGCAUGGCGACAGACUAUGACUGCUGGCGGAACACAGGUGAGGAUGUCAACGUGGAGAUGGUGAUGGGACAUAUGAAAGCCAAUAGCGAGAAUGCGCGGCGUUUUGUGGGCGCGGUGCUGGAUGAGCUGAGUAAGGAGGAGCAUCAAGAGCAAGUGUCGGCGAAGCAUGUCGAGGGGCAGGUUCAUUUUGCGCUUUCGACGAGCAAGGAAGGGAGGAAGAAGGAGGCGUUGGAGAAGCUGAACUGGCUGUUUCCGGGGACGUUCCAAUGAGGACGAAUAGCCUAGGAGGGUUGUCGAAAACGAUAGACAGUGUGCAGGCUCGUCAGCCGCGGCCGAAUUCAACGACGAUAGAUACGUGCAUUGGAGGCGGAAAGCGGUAUCAAUUCCUUGACUACUGCACUCACGCUCGCUGGUUGUGUAGUGGCAUUCGCUCAUGGUCCUCCUCGUCCAGAGACUCUAAUUCAAACUCACUUGCCGCA